AUGUUUGAAUUUCAACAAUAUUUAUUACGUCAUUUUAAAAUUGAACAAAAUAUACCAAGUAAUACAUCAAUAAUGACUAAUUCUUCUGAUUAUAUUAUUCAUGAUCGACUUCAUCUACCCGUAGUUCGAGAAAGAAGUUUAUCACCUGAUAGUUUAGAACGAAAUAAAACAACUCCAUCAAUUAUACAUAGAUAUGAUGCUACUAGUGCCGAUGAAGAUUCAUUAGAUGAAAAUGAUAUGGAUCAUUGUAGUGGAUCAAAAUAUUCAAGAAAAACAAAUAAUAAUGUUCGAGAUAUUCUAAAAACUUUAACAUCAAGAGGUUUUAUUGAUACUUAUUCAACAUCAAUGAUAGCAACUACUUCAACAAAUGGAAAUAAUCAUCAUCAACAAUCAUCAAAUACAAUUGAUUGGGAUUUUAAUGAUGAGAUAAAUGCUGAUUCAAUUCAUGUUGAUAAUGAUGAUUUAUCAGAUGGUGGUGACUAUGUAAAUGGAAAUAUUGAUUCUGGUUAUGGUAUAUUAGAUGGAUAUGAAGAAGAUGUUGAUUUUCAAUUUGUUUCUAAUACAACAGCCGUAACACCCGUUCCUACUAAAUCUCCAUCAUCUCAUUAUAAUCGUUUACAUCAUCUUGAUACAAUAUCUGAAGUUGCUAGUGAAGAAGAACGACGUGCAGCUAAAUCUUUAAAAUAUCAACAUAAUGCAACAAUAUCUACAACUAUAUCGACAUCUUCGACAACAGUAGAUGAUGAUCUAUCGACAUUGAGUGAUGCUUCACCAUCAAUGGAUUAUUCAGAACAAGAAAUAGUACCUGCUCAACAAGCUAUUAACGUUUUAAAUGAAUUACUAAAUUCAUGUAAUAAAAAUACGAUGAAUAAUAAUAAAUUACGUUCAUUUGAUAUUGAAACAACGAAACAAUUAAAUGAUGAACCAACACGUAGAAAACGACGUUUUAUAGAAAAUCAUAUAUUAUUGAAUAAUAAUAAUAAUUUAUCAUUAACAAAAACUGAACAUCGUCAAGUAUCAUCUUCAACAGGCGAUACCUUAGCACGAUUAAGAAAUAUUACAAAAAUGUUCAAUAAACCAGAUGAUGAAAUUGAUACACCAGAAUUACAAAAGGUCGAACGACAAGCUCCAUCCGAAAAAUUAAAAAAUACGUUUAAAAAUUCCGAUCCCGGCCCCGUAAACUUGUUUUAG